AUGGCUGCGAAGAUGUGGCUGGCGCCAGCCGCCGCUCUUGGCCUUGCGCACGUGGUUUUCCACUGGUGGAUAUGGAGCUGGCAGUUCGAGGCCUUUCCAAGCUUUCGUGGCACGUACCCCGCCCCAUGGCGGACGCUGCGGGCGCACUGGUUGACCCUGCAGCGGCUGUUUCGCUUCGCCACAAGUCCAAUUCGCCGUCUUCCGGACUUUUACAUAAUUGGUGCACCAAAGGCUGGCACCAGCGCGCUGUAUUCAUAUCUGAGCUUGCACCCUGCAGUGAAGGAGCCUUUCAUGAAGGAAUCUCGGUUUCUGUCCGGGAUGUGCGGAAGCCGUCUGUCCGGCCUCUUGUAUCGAUCUCUUUUCCCUACUUGGUGGGGAAGCCGUGGUUGCCUUACCUUUGACAGUGACGCCACAGCCUCACUGCAGCCAGCGCUUGCGGCGGCCAUGUACAAGCAGCUUACGCCCAACGCGAAGAUUAUCCUCUCGUGCCGAGAACCCUGCAGCGGGGUGUUCUCCAUGUACAAGAUGAGGUCCCGGAUCAAGGGCCGCGGAGAACAUCACUUGAGCUUCCGGGACAUGUAUGACCUGGAGAUGGGUUUGAGCACCUCUGUGGAGUGGCAAAAUCUCGAGGACCUGGCGGCUGCGCUGGACCGAAACGAAUCCGUGGCCAUCACUUUGGGCUUGGCGCGCUGCGUGCUCUGCUCGUCGAUGAUCCGCGGCUUUCACUACGCAGACAUUCUGCUGGAGUUCUACCGCCGCUUCAAGCCUGAAAACGUGUUGAUCAUCCGCUUCAAGGACCUGGCAGCAGACACCGAAAGCACAGUGAGGCGCAUUUUUAGUUUCCUGGACCUCCCCGACAUCCCGCUGCCGGAUUUGACCACGAUCCACCCCCAGGAUGUCAUGGACAUCGCCCUUGAGGAGGAGGCGCAAACUGCCGAGCUCUCCCAGGCUGACCGGUCCUUGCUGGAAGCGUACUUCCAGGUUCGGAAUCAGGACUUUGCCAAGCUGAUGGGGAAGCCGCUGGAAGAACUGUGGUGA